ACUGCAUAAUACAGUCGGCUAGCUGAAUCGCUCCCCCCACUAGCAUUUGUGUUUUUGGCCGGCUCUUACAAACAAGAUGUAUAAGACAUCCAAACGUUGUGUUGUUGUUGGCUGCGACUAUCCGGACAAGACACUGCAUUCAAUGCCAACUUCGGAGAAAGACAAGAAACUGUGGAUGGACUUCAUUUACAACGGGAAUGUGCCAGAAUACCAGAACAAAUGUAUGGUUGUGUGUUCGAAACAUUUUACGGCGGACUUGUUUAUUAACUUAAGUCAAGUCAAAAGUGGAUUUGCCACCAAACUAAGGCUAAAGACUGGGUCAAUUCCAACCAUCCGGAACACGAAUUCGGAAGCUGCCAGCACAUCAGAAGAUAUCAGCCAUAUACCUCGUAUAAAGGUGGAUGCUGCCUGUCAGACUGACCCCCCACCGCAGCGUUCUGUUAGGACACAGCUUUCCUGGAGGACUCUUCGUCCCUCUCGAAGUAUAGUUUUAUCUUGUUUUUUGUGGGAAAUACCAUUGUGUUACAGCUGUCCAGGCUCAAGCUUCCCACAGAAACGUUGGUGUAGGCACGAAAACUGUUCCGUUGGAAGCACCCCUGCCAGAUUUACCACCCGACCCCAUAGAGAGACCAUCAGAAAGGUCCAGUGUAGACUCUGAGGAGGAAGACGAGGAUCCAUUUGAGGGAAUCCCUACUAUGGACAUUGAUGACUCGCAGGAUCCUACCUAUGAUCCAACAGAGUCAAUAGCAGAUGACACAGAAACAACAGACAUGUUAGUUCAAGCACCAAAACCCCCCCAUAAGAUCAACACAUACAUCGUGUAUGAGACCUGCCUCAUGGAGCUUUUUGAAGUGUGUCCUGUGUGCAGGCGUGUGUGUGACGUACAAACCACAAAGAUGGGUACAUUCAUAUCAGUGCAGCAGCUCUGCCCCCAUUGUCAGUUUGCGAGACAUUGGAAUAGCCAGCCUAUUCUGGGGAGUACUCCAGCUGGAAACCUGCAGCUAUCAGCUGCAACGUACGUCAACGGGCUAUCUUUCUACAAACUUGGAAAGGUCUUCAAAGCAAUGAACAUGCAGCUCUUCAAAUACAACACCUUUCGAAGGCAUGCCAGGAUGUUCAUCGAGCCAGCGGUCGUAUCUUACUGGAAAACCUCUCAGGAAGACAUGCUGCGGAAGCUCCGUGAAGAGGAGAAGGUGGUCGUUGGUGGAGAUAUGAAGGCUGUCUCUCCAGGCACAAAGUUUGGCAGCUACACUUUGAUGGACCUCAAGAACAACAAAGUCGUUGACCUGCAGUUGGUUCAGAGCAAUGAGGUUGGCGGAAGCAAACACAUGGAGAAAGAGGGCCUGAAAAGGAGUCUGGAGUGGUUGAAGGAACGUGGUGUGACUCCGGACUGUAUUGUCACAGACCGACAUCGACAAAUUCAGGAGUUCCUCAGGGAAAGCAGCGUCACCCAGCUCUAUGAUGUCGGGCACAUAGAGAAAGGGAUUUCUAAACAACUGCUCAAGGCUGCAAAGAAGAGGGACUGCGAGCAGCUUCGAGAGUGGUUGAAGAGUAUCAGAAAGCAUAUAUACUGGACUGCAGCAACUUCCACCAGCGGGCCUGAGAGAGUGGCCAAAUGGACGUCCAUCCUGAACCACGUGCAGGGUCAUGAGGACCCCCUGUUCCCCAAAUGCCUUCAUCCACUGCCCGUAACCAGGGAUAAAGGAGAAUGGCUGGCAGCAGGAACGCAGGCCUUUCACAAGCUGGAGAAAGUGCUCUCAAACGAGAGGGUUUUGAAUGAUGUGGAGAAACUCAGCCCCCACCACCAGACUUCACCUUUGAAGGCCUUCCACAGCGCCAUCCUACGCUUUGCGCCACAAAAUGUCGUGUUUCCAUUUCUUGGAAUGUUGUGCAGAAAUGAAAGACUGUACUUGGCAGCCAUACACUAUAAUGAAAGGGCUGAACGCCCCACUUCAUCCACUGGAGACCCUCCGUAUGAACUGCAGACCCCAGAGGCCAGGGAGGGAGAGUGCAGAGCAAAAGCUAUAAAGACUGACCCCACAUUCCGUUACGUUGACAACUUAAUGGACCUCAUCUUUGAUCAAGUCUUUGUGGACCCCGCCCCAUUCACAGAGGAGGUUCUGAAGAUCCCCGUCCCAGAGGACCUGACAGGGAGGAGGUCAGCACAAAAUAUGCUACGCGGCUCAAUUUUGACAGCAUUCUGAACCCGGACGUUUUGGGAUCAAGAAACUCCCUGAGAACAACGCAGAUGCAUGACUACUCUGAUCCUGGGCCAGCUCACUAAACCUCUGUAGGCUAGAAACCUGUGACGCCUGGAAGAAUUCCAAAGGAUGUUUAGUCAAAAGCCUAUGUCACUUGUGUGAAAUGUAUGUAUAGUUACUUUGUUAUGGGUUCAGUGAAGCGUUUGUUUUUCCGAUAAAGUUUUGGAAGUUUGUAUAAAA